CAGCUUCUGUCGUCGUUGCACCCACUCUCAUUCGCUAGCUCCCGUUGCACCCCACAGCCACAGCACUAACAGCCACCCCCACUGCUAGCCCCUACCCCCACCGUUGCAAUGCCGUCCAGCACCGUCAAGCGCUACAUCGAGCCAGCCCUGCCGCCGGGCUUUCCUCACAAAAAGACCAGAGCAGCCGCCCGCAAAAUGCCUCCUUCGCCCCCGAGAGGAGUUCUGGUCGCUCUCAAGACGCGCGCCGAAAUCCGCUCCGGCCUCCAGACGAUCAAUUGCUACAUCCUCCCCAUUCCCUCCAAGACGGCGAACGAAGUCCUUCUCGCCCUUCGCGAAAUCAUUCCGGGCAAUGAGCUUCAGCACCUCCGCCGCCUCUCGAAGCCCGCCUACCUGCCCCCCAAUGUGGCUGCAAAUUUGCCGCCGCCGGGAUUCCCGCCCGAGCAGUCGCUGCUCUACAUCCUCAUCUGCCAGACCGACAAGGCUUCUAUCCAGCAGAUCGUCGAAAUCGUUGCGAAGACGUCGCCAUUCCAGCGCAAGCACGGCCGUCCGAUUACCCCGAAGCCUGUCGUUUCCGUGAUCACGGUCCCCGCCAACUUGCCGACUUCUCCGGAGCAGUGCACUGAUUGGAGCAAGAAGUACUGGCCUACCGUUUACAAGAGGGGAAAUCCGUUCGGUCCCCAUCCGGCCCUAGUCGAGAACACGGUUGUCAAGUUGACCCGCGCGGACGAGUACAUGGCGUUGGCCCGCAAGGUUGCCCAGGAGGUUGGAGAGGCUGGAGUCGGUUACGCGUGCGGUGGUGUGGUCGUCGACCCGGAGACCGGUGAUGUUAUCGCCGCUGCCGGUGAUGGCAGGCUCCGCAAGAGUGAUAUGGGCUGGUGCAACCCACUCUCUCAUGCGGUGCAGAGACUCGUGGAAAUGGUGGCCCAGAAGAGGCUGAAGAGGGGAGAGGUGGUGUCGCCAAACAACCCAAUCACCGCCUUGACCGAUACUGAGCGCGUCUAUCUCAACACUGAGUCGAUGGAAACUCUGGACGGACAGCGCCGCAACGGAGUUGAAAACGCAGCUGAGGUUGGAGGAACCCGCGACAACAGUAGCUACCUCUGCCACAACAUGCACGUCUACCUCACGCACGAGCCCUGCGUCAUGUGCGCCAUGGCUCUGCUGCAUAGCAGAAUCGGCCUCGUGGUGUUCCAGCACAGGAUGAUCCAUACCGGAGCGUUGGUGGCCAAGAUCGACGAGGGACUCGGACUGGGCCUGUUCUGGCGCCCUGACAUGAACUGGAAAUACCUGGCCUGGCAGUGGAUGGCUGUUGAGAAGAUGACUAACGAGAUUCCUGAACACAUCUCUGCUUAGGGAGUUUGGGAUACCGACGAUGCUACGAUAUGGGUGUUUGGGUUCAUUUUAAGUCAUGGGGAGUUACUACUGUCGUGUACCUGUCCAAGAUUCUUACUGCGCCGGAUCACCCAUUUACUUGUUUGUCGGUCUACACCCGACGGACGUAGUUGUGGUUUUCCGAAUGUUUCUGUAUUUUU